AUGGAUAGAUUAAGAAAUUUGUGACGAGAAGAAGACAUUGGAUGCCAUUAUCAAGUAUCAAAACACUUUGCUUUUUUCCAUCUGGCUAUAUUAUUAAUCAUGUGGUGCUUAAAUAGUAUUUUCGAGACCAAAAACUCUUUGUUAACUUUUUAUUGUUUACCAGUAAUUACAUUCCAGGGUUUAUUAAGCUUAUUGUUCAGAUUUGCCGAAAGUAAAUCUAUGUCUACUAAAUGCUUAGUCUCAAUCUUCACAUCGGAAUGCAAUUUCACGGUUUGGUAUCUUAUGAGCUUUUAUGAAGAAAAUCAAAAUAAAAUACUAUUUGCGAUAGCAUCUUUUGCUGGGCUAAAUGUCAUAGAAAUGCCUUUUAUUAAAUCUUUUUGGAUUAGAGUGCUGCUGAUUUUUAAGCAUCAUUUUCUGUGGCAUUUUAUUCCAAAAUUCACUGGGAAUAACGGGUCUGAUAUUUAUUCAGAAUCCAAUUUUAUGCCAAUUAUCGCGAUAUUUUUAUGUGAAUGGCGUGUAUAUAUGAUGAGGGAAAAAUCAUAUGAAAGAUUCGUUUCGAGGGUAAAUCUCGAAAAAGCUGAAAAAAGAUUAACUUCCCCCCUUUAAAUUGGAACAAAAUAUACAUAAAAUUUCAAAUUUUUUUGGUAAAUUAACCCCCUUUAAAUUGGAACAAAAUUCAAUUUUUAUAAUAAAAAAUUUAUAGAUAAAAAUCAUAAUUUUUAUGUAAAAAGUUUUGAUAUAAGUAAAAUGCUUCUUCUUAACUAAAAUUAAAAAAUUUAGUUAUAUCUUGCUCUUGUUUUUAGGAGAGAGUAUAAAGAGCAUCUUAUUUAAAUAAAUUUAUUAUCCUUAAUUGAUAAAUUUUUGUAAAACAAUUUUUUUUAUUUUAGAUAAAAAUAAUAUUUUUUAUUUAAAUAAUUUUUGAUAUAAAUUCAAUGCGAAUGUUUACAAAAAGUCAAAAUUUACUUAUUUCUUGCUUUAUUUUAAAAGAAUAAAAUAUAAAUAGCAUCUUAUUUAAACAAAAUUAGCACUUUAAUCGAUAAAUUUUCUAAAAUUUUUUUUUUAAUUUUUUAUUUUAUCAAUAAAAAUAAUAAUUUUUGUUGAUACCAAUUAAUAGUUGCGUAUUGACUAAGAGUUAGAUAGGAUGACUGGAACGGCUUGCCGGCAAGCCAAAAAAGCCCCGUUCCAGUCAUCCUAUCUAACUAUAAUAAAAAUUUAGUUGUAUCUUGCUUUGUUUUAAAAGAUAAAGAGUAAAUAGCAUUUUUAUUAAACAAAUUUAUUAAUCUAAUUCGAUAAGUCUUUGAAUUUUUUUUUUAAAACAUUUCUUAACAUUUCAAUUGGAGCAAAAUUUUUUGUUCCAAUUUAAAUGAGGGGGGAGUAAAGCUUAUUUUUAAUCUAUUUUCAGACGGGAUUUUAAUAAUUUCAGAGCAAAAAGAAGUCUUAUUUUCGAAUUUGAAUUUGACCAAGCUUUUAAAUUGUAGCAUUGAAGAAGUGAUUUCGUUUUUGACGAAUACUGAAUAUUGCCAAGGAAGAAAACAGUCAAAUUUAUCAAAUACAAAUAAGCUUAUUGAUGAUAUUAACCUUAUCAGGACAUUAGAUAUGAAUCAAGAAAUUAAUCUCGGAUUAAGCCAGCAUGGAGAUUUAUAUAUAGGAUGAAGAGGACAAAGAAUUUUAUGAGAAGAACAAGAUGCAGUCCUUUUAACUGUAAGCAACGCUAAUCAUAUUAUUGAAUAUGAAAAAACAGUUUCAGAUAGCAAGCUGAAAAAUGUUCUUUUAAGGUCGAUUUCUCAUGAAUUGAGAACGCCAAUAAAUUCAAUCAUAUUUUUGGUAGAAUCUAUCAAAGAAGAGUAUUCAGCAUCAGGUAAUGAAAAAUUACAAAGCAAGCUGAAUAUAAUUUCUGUUUCAUCGAAAAUCCUAUUAUCAUUAGUUAAUGAUUUGCUUGAUUAUUCUAAAAUAUUGGCUGGAAUAUUUUCAGCACAAAAAACAGAUGUUUCGCUAUGGAAUUUUAUUCAUGAAACAGUUCAGCUAAUUCAAAUUCAAGCAGAAAAGAAAGGUUUGAAUGUUUUCAUAAGGAUAGAUCCAAAUUUGCCAAGUCAUGUUUUCACCGAUCCUUUAAGACUUAGUCAAAUUUUGCUUAAUUUGCUAAUUCCGAAGAGUAAUAAAUAGAUUUUUUCAUUAUAUUUUAUUAUCUAUAAACACAAAUUUAUUCUAAAUUUCUUUAACAGAAUAUAUAAAAUCUUUGAAAUUGCUUUCAUUUUCCCUAUGAUACUAUUUCAAAAUACUUAAAAAUAAAGGCAAGAAUUGGAAAAAAAAUUAAAAAUGCUUGGGAAACAAAUGGUCAGGUAGUAAGCAAUGCACUUAAAUUUACUCUAAAAGGCUGCAUAGAGAUUUGCUGCAUUCUUGAUAAAAAUCAACAACUCAAAAUUACUGUAAAAGAUACUGGUAUUGGAAUUACAAAAGAUAAACUUAGAGAUUUAUUUAAAGAAUUUGCAACACACUUUGAUAGUGCUUUAAACCCAACCGGAUGUGGGCUAGGUUUAUUUAUAUCAAACAUUAUAGCCAAAGAAAUAGGUUCAAAAACAAUUGACGUUAAAUCAGUGCCAAACGAAGGUUCCAUUUUCAGUUUUUCUAUUGAUAUUUUUCGAAAUUUCCCUCCAGCUCAAACGUUCAUUGACGAUGAUUCUACAUCAGAUAAUAUUUUUGAAGAAAAAGCCUUAAUAAUGACCAAGGAUUUCAAUAAGGUAAUUAAAAAUCUUACUUACUUAGUUACUUGACAUUUAAGGUGUCUAGUGCCCACUCCCCAUAGUUAAAUAGGGACUAAGCCAACUUGCGACAUCACCAAGCCAUCUUGGAAUCACGGUUACUGUCCACCGACUAAGCCUUCUACGAAGCUCAUCCUUCAGUCCGCCGCACAUCUCACCCGGUGCAUUGCAGAUGCCUCGCCCUGAUUCAGCUCCUGCGCGUGUUCCGCCUAAGGGCAUCCUCCCUUGGGGAUGUGCUAAGAGGUAAAACUCUGAGCCUCUUGAAUGCACUGAGAAGCAGUUCCUUUGGUUAUCCCUAAAGUCAAACUGCUGCUGCUUUGCAGAAGUUCUUGAGAGAAAACCCAACUCCAUAAAUAAAAUUCCAUGAGGGAGAAAAAUUUAUCAAAGCUAAUUUCUCUCGAACCGAAUUCCAUUUUAUUUAUAGAUAAUUAAAAAUCAAUUUACUCAAGUCUUGAUUGCUGACGAUAAUGACUUUAACCGCAUAGUACUCGGAACCUUGCUUUCUAAUUACAAUAUUCUUUACCACGAAGCAUGCUCAGGAAAACAAGCUGUAAAGUAUGUGCAGGAUAUGGACGAAAAAAAGAAACCCUAUAAGCUUAUUAUUAUGGAUGGUAGCAUGCCUGAGCUAAAUGGUUGAGAAGCUUCUAGGGCUAUUCUUGACCUAUAUGCUGAAGGAAAAAUAUCCAGUCUGCCUAUAAUUAUUGGAUACACAGCAUUUACAUCAGAUAUCGAAUUAUCACUUUGCAUCAGGUCUGGCAUGAAAGAGUGUAUUAUAAAGCCAUGCAAUUCUGAGCUUUUAAUCAGCAAAAUUAAGCAUUAUUUGCCAAGAUAA